AUGCUGACGCAGCAGGACGUGUCGCUCGUAGCUUUGCUGGGCAAGCCGAUUGCUAAAAUAAGGAUAUCGUUGAAGCGUUCGCCUCGCUGGAAUCAGACAGUUGUGCUGCAAUGCAAAACGCAGCAGACCACCGACGUCGCCUGUCUUGCCAUUCGUGAAUCCGUCAACUCAAACUCAAGUCUGUUGGUCACGAUGAGGGUCACGCUGGCGACCUUGUCGCUGCCCGUGGCGCUGGUCGCAGGCACGGCGUCCCAACUGGACUAUCCGGCCUGCGCCAUCAACCACUCACCCCAGUAUUACUGCUGCGAGCUAGGCGCGCCCGAGGGUUCGGACGUCUCCAACGGCCUCGUGUACAUUCGCUACAACAAACCGCAAGGCGACGGCUUCUCCAGUUACUACGACGAAGGUUGGCAAAAGAGCCGCCAGAUCAAUUUUGACCCGGACGGAGAUGUGUCGAUGUACGCCCCUAGCACGCCCAGCUACGUCUACGGCGAGGCCGACAAGACCUGCCGUCUGCACGACGUGGCAGUCAAUGGUGCCGUCGUGAGCACUUUACAGUGCACUUUUGCUGCAGACAAAGAUGACAUCUACACACAGAACACGUCGCUGGCCGAGGACUCAACUGACACAUCGAUCUUUUGGUCGUCCACGCCCAACCCGCGCAAUAACAACGCGUCGCUGCCUGUUGGAGCCGAGUGUCGGAGCAUUAUGCUGGAUGACGGUACAGUGAACACGACGCCGCAGAGUCUGUGCACGUCUGCGUCCAGCCCGCCGGUCUAUCGGUUUAACUCCUUCACAGAGACGCCACUCGUGGUCGUGUACGCCAUCUACGCCAUCUGCUUCGUCAGUCUGGCAUGCUGGGCUGGACUGCGUACGGCGCUCGGUGUGCACCAAUCGUCAGAUGCGGCGGCUCCGUUGGCAUCUAUUACGGACGGCGACAAGAAGCUCCUGGACCACCGUGGAGGCCCCGAGACGCCCCGUUUGAAGUCGUCGGCCACCCGUCCGUCACUGGCAGACCGUCCGUCCGAGGUACAGCUACGCAACAGCACCGAAGACGUCGUUCAGACGGGGUACACGGACUCGGUGGUUGGCUACGUCGUGUUCGGCUACUUCGUGCUCAUGACGGUGCUGCUCAACAUCCCCAUCAUUCUCACAAUCCGAGACAACCAGGGCAAGCUCGCGACGGACAGAUACGCGGCCUGGUUCAACCCCACUACGGUGGUCAUCAAGGUGUUUAUCUCGCUCUGGGUCAUUGCCACCUUUUGUUUCGUUGUCGUGGUCGUGUACCGCUUCAAGAUUCUCAAUUUCUUCCGCUACCCGACGGCUCUGGAUAAAUGCACGCGCGUGCUCAUGUACAAACCUGAAGUGACGGAGACGAUGCUGGUGGACCGUUCUGGUGUCGCUCAGAUGGUCCUCAAGAUUGAGAGUUUCUUGUUUCCGCACUCGCGUCAGGGCGUGGAGGAGACCGUGACAGUGCACACAACGGCUGAAGGUGCCCGUUAUCUCGAGUUCCAGCACCUGCGCUACACGUUCGACGACGUUGAAGGCAAGUUCAUUCCCGGUUCCAUUGCGCAUCCCGAUUCGUUUGACAAGAUCCUGUCGGGCUCACAAGGACUGACGAGCGACGAGCACGCGCGCCGUCUGGAUAUUGUGGGCCGCAACGCCAUCGAGGUGGAGAUGCCGUCCUGGGCCACGUCGAUUGUGGACGAGUUCUUCUCGUUCUUCUACAUCUACCAGCUUAUGUGCUACUACGUCUGGUACUUCACGGACUACGUGUGGGUGUCGGUGCUCAACACUGUGGUGAUUGUGCUGGCUGCUGCGUUCAACAUCUACGCCAAGCGCAGCAUGCUUGCGUCUGUGGUGCGGAUGACCCACUACGUCGCAGAGGUGACUGUCAACCGUGACGGUGAAUGGUCGAGGAUCAAGUCUUUGGAUCUAGCGCCGGGUGAUCUUGUGCUCGUGGCGGAGAACUGGGAACUGCCGUGCGACCUGGUGAUCGUCAAAGGCUCAACCGUCUGUGACGAAUCAAUGCUCACGGGUGAGUCCAUGCCGGUGCAGAAGUUCCCGCUUCCGAACGACAGUAGCGACGUGUACGACGCUGACGGCAAUGGCAAGAAGUACACGCUUUUCUCCGGCACUAGAACUCUGGCGUCUGGUCGUGACGAAGAGAUCCUCGCUGUCGUACAGGCUACAGGCGCUCACACCAGCCGUGGACAACUCGUCCAGGCCAUUCUGUACCCCGCUCCUAUCCGAUUCAAGUACGACGAGCACCUGAAGGCAGUCUUCUCGGUUCUGUUCGUGAUCGGUAUCAUCGCUGCUUACUUCGCGAUGAAGUUUCUGAUUGAGAACGCUGGUCUCAGCAACACGCUAUUUGCCUUCGUGUAUGGUAUGUUCAUGUUCAGCGCGGUACUCAACCCGUUGCUACCUGUGGUGAUGACGAUCGGCCAGGUGAACGCCGCCAAGCGUCUUGAAAAGCAGGACGUCUUCUGUCUCAACCCUCAACGGAUCACUCUGUGUGGUAAGGUGCGUGUGUUCUGCUUCGACAAGACCGGUACGAUCACGAAGGAAGGACUGGACUACCGUGGCUGUGUCCCCAUCGGCGAGUCGGGCGAGUUCCAGUCAGAGUUCAACGACAUGACGGACGCCUCGCUGAACCAGAUGAUGAAGUUCUCGCUUGCGUCGUGUCACGCCGUGGGCUCGUUGGACGGCGACUUGGUCGGUAACGAAGUGGAGGUGAAGAUGUUCAAGAGUACGCAGUGGAAACUCAUCGAACUGGAAGGCCAACUGCCGAUUGUGCAGGCUGCCGACGGCUCGGAGGAGCUGGAGUUCGUCAAACGAUUCGAGUUCGACCACCACCGCAUGUCCAUGAGUGUCGUAAUGAAGCAGAAGAGCACUGGCAAGCUCAUUAUCUUCUGCAAAGGAUCGUACGAGAAGAUGGCGUCGGUGUCCAGCAAGGACUCGAUCCCUGCCAACUACUUCGAGACGGCUGAGAAUCUGGCCAAGAACGGAUGCUAUGUGCUCGGUAUGGCCUACAAGGAGAUGCCAGCGAUGGGUGAGACGGAUCUCGCCGCUUUCCUGGGCGACCGUGAUGCUGUUGAGGCGUCUUUGGCUCUUCUUGGUCUCAUCAUGUUCCGUAACGAGAUCAAGGAGGACUCGCGCGACGCCAUUUUGACGCUGAAGCAGGGCGACAUCCGUCCAGUGAUGAUCACGGGCGACAACGCCAUGACUGGUUGCUACAUUGCCCGUGCCAGCGGCAUGGUGGAGGAGGACGCUCAGAUGGUUCUUGGAGACAUGGUAAUACCAGACGAGAAGACGGGCUUCACGCUCGUGUGGAAGGACGUGGAGACGCAGCAGGUGUUUUCGUUCGAUGACAUUCGUGACAUGGUCGAGGCGGUAGACACGAAAACCGAACUGGCGGUGACCGGCAAGGCUUUCGACUUUCUGGUCAGGAUGGGCGACCUUAACAAGAUUCUGUUCAAGAUCCGCAUCUUCAGUCGUAUGACGCCUCAAGGUAAAGUGGACUGUGUGAAGCUGCACAUGGCUACAGGAUCUGUGACGGGCAUGUGCGGUGACGGUGGCAACGAUUGCGGCGCGUUGCGUAUCGCGCACGUGGGUGUGGCGCUCAGUGACGCGGAGGCUUCAGUGGUGUCUCCGUUCACGAGCAAGUCACGUACGCUCAAGUCGGUGGUGGACCUGGUACUUGAAGGCCGUGGCGCACUGGCGACGUCGUUCGCGAGCGUCAAGUAUCUGAUCCUGUACGGUCUCAUCGGCAUCGGCUGCCGUACCGUCAUGUACUACAAUGGUGUGUUCAUCUCGCAGUUUGGCUUCAUGUAUCUGGACGGCGCCAUCCUUGUCGGACUCUCGUAUGGUCUUACCCGUGCUCGUCCGCUGGCGAAAAUGGGAUCGCAGCGUCCUACGUCGAGUCUGGUGGGUCCCACGACGGUUUGUUCGCUGGUUGGCGCUGCUGGGAUCCACUGGCUGUUCUUGUACGGGGCCAUUCAUGACCUGACCACGCAGCCCUGGUACUGUCCGUUCCAGCCCAGCAACGUCAACCUGGUGCAGUGGUGGCAACUGCAGGACAGCAAUCUUGGCUCCACGCUGUGGUUUAUCAUCUGCUUCCAGCAAAUGUCCACGGGUCUGACCAUGGCUCUCGGCUCUCGCUUCCGUCGCCCGAUUUGGCACAACUUCUUCUUGUUGUUCUGGUACGCGCUGCUGUUUGUGGUGCUCGUCGUUAUGUUUGUCGGACCGCCAUCGCGCUUCAGCGACCAGUUCCGAGUGGCUAGCAGCACCAACGUCGUGGGUCUGCCCGACAUCCCGCUACCCGUGGGCUUCCGUUGGGAACUAUUCGGCUGGGGUAUUGCUGACACAGUCGCUGUCCUCAUCUUCGAGUAUUUCUUCGUGCUGGGCUACGUACGCGACUACUUCCGUGCCAAAUACCACCGGGAUGCCCUCCCCAUGAAGCUGUAA